UUGUGCCGUGCGUGUGCGAGACGGCCAUUGUGGAGCAACCUUUGCCCUAAAGGCAUGAGCUUAUUUGAAUGCAUGUUUCAGGAGUGGGCAGGCGCGCAGGGAAGUGCUUGUGGAUUCUCAGCUGAUGUUUGUGAGGAAUAAUCGCACCUGCCUUCGAAAUACUGUGAUCGGCAUAAAACAUUGGGCUGCUCGGAGGUGCGAUCUCCCUGCUGAUUUCUCUCUCGUCCUUUCAGCGCCCACAUGUGAAUACAUCUGCUUCUGGGCUGUGUUCGUUUUCUGAGCGAUCUGCCUCCGGCUCAGCGCUCCUUCACAGUAUCCUGUUUCGGAGGUCUGGCUGCCCGCGCAGCUGAGCUGUCUCCUGGAGGUGAGCUUGCUCCUUCCCUUCCGCAAAUUUGAGCCGCUCCGCUUCUGCUCCCAUUGCAGUGGUGAGCCAUUUUAGUGAGCCAUUGCUGGAAGGCUGCGAGAAUGUAUUAAACUGCUGAAUGAACAACAACGAGGAGAAGAAUUUGGACCGAAAGGACUGCCGGAAAGCACAAUAAUCGGCAGGAGCGACUUAUAGGUAAAGUCACUUACUUAGAGCUGGAAUAUUCUAUUAAACAGCAAACGAAUCUGUGCGAAUUGAUGAUUACAGGUCAGGACUAUCACUUCAAUCCGCAUCUCCAGUGAUGGUGCCAAAUGCAGCAGUGUAAAUGUCCAAGCGUUUACUGAUGGAGGCAUUCAACAGUAAUGGCUGGCUGUAGCUUGAGUUGUAAGAGUUGCACUCCUACCUGUCUUCAAAUAGGAAGGCAUGCCACAAACAUUGACCUCUACAAGUAUGUUUAAUACCAGUGGCUUUAGCCAUCAACUUCACCCAACCAAAGAAAAUGAACACGGAAGGCUGAUAUUUCAGGAUGGUAACCUUAUCUCUGCAUCCUUAGAGGCUUUGAUUGAGCAUCUCAUCCCUACAGCUGAUUAUUAUCCUGAAAAAGCAUAUAUAUUUACAUUUCUACUAAGUUCAAGAUUAUUCAUCGAACCCCAAGAACUUUUAUCAAAAGUUUGUCACAUAUGCAUUGAGCAGCAAAGUCUAGAUGAGCCAGAGCUUGACAAGGGAAGAAUUAGAAAAUUUGGACCUAAGAUAAUGCAGCUGCUGACAGAAUGGACAGAAACUUUCCCUUCUGAUUUUCGGGAUGAAGGAAUGAUUGGUCAUCUGAAGGACAUGAUCCGUAGGAUAGCUUCUUGUGAUGAGAGUUAUUGGAAGACAAUGAAUCAGCUUUUGCAAACCCUGAACCAAAAAUUGGCAAACCUAAAUAAAGGUGAAGAAAAUACAGUCAAGGUUAAUGCUAGCAUGAAUGAUAAAUUGGUUGUUAUCAAAACAAAACCCCCAUCUAUUCAAAGAGAUAUACUGAGCAUCUGCAAUGGCCCUUAUACACUGGCACAACAGCUAACUCGUAUAGAACUGGAACAACUGAGCCUUAUUGGACCUGAAGAGUUUGUGCAAGCAUUUGUAAAUAAAGAUGCUUUAGAAGACAGUAAGGUGCAGUCUUGCUUCAAUGAACAAAAGAAAACAGAGAAUCUUGAAGCUUACGUUAAAUGGUUCAACAGACUCUGCUAUUUGGUAGCUACAGAAAUAUGUAUGCCUGCAAAGAAGAAACACAGAGCACAAGUAAUAGAAUUUUUUAUUGAUGUCGCUCGGGAGUGCUUUAAUAUCGGCAACUUCAAUUCCUUGAUGGCAAUUAUAUCUGGUAUGAACAUGAGCCCUGUUUCACGACUAAAAAAAACAUGGGGCAAAGUUAAGACAGCCAAAUUUUUCAUUCUUGAGCAUCAAAUGGAUCCUACAGGAAACUUCUACAACUAUAGGACAGCACUUCGUGGAGCUGCUCAUCGGUCACUGACCGCACACAGUAACCAAGAAAAGAUUGUUAUCCCAUUUUUUAGCCUUCUGAUAAAAGACAUUUAUUUCUUAAAUGAGGGUUGUGCAAACCGCCUUCCUAAUGGACAUGUCAAUUUUGAGAAAUUUCUAGAAUUGGCCAAACAAGUAGGAGAGUUUAUGAUGUGGAAGCAGGUGACAUGUCCUUUUGAAGAUGAUCAAAAUAUCAUCCAUUACCUUCACACUGCUCCUGUCUUCUCCGAGGAUGGCUUGUAUUUGGCAUCAUACGAAAGUGAAAGUCCCGAAAAUCAGGUUGAAAAGGAAAGAUGGAAAGCUUUAAGAUCAACUCUGUUGGGAAAGACAUGAUGAUCUGAAAACAGGAAGAUUCUUUUCUUCCAGUAGUAUAGCUUGCACUAUUGACUUCAUAGAACCAGCAAAGUCGUGGGUUUUCUUAUGAACUUUGAUGAGCAGGAUUCAUCAAUUGAAAUUAUAUUGAUGCAAAGGGAAUAAUUCCCACAUUGCAAACUCCUCUUUGAACAAAAGCAGUAUUUAAGUUGUGCAGCUGCUGUUGAAGGAAAGCGGGAUAAUAUUGAAUUACAGAAGAAACUGAAAACAUAAAUACUUCAGUUAUAAGUCUGCCAUUGAUUUAGUCAAAACAACAGCCUGCACACAAAUCUUCUUUGUGUCAAUCAACUCUAGUAUGUUAGUAAAUAUUGAUUUUAUAAUCUGGGCACUGGAUUUCUCAUGUUUAAACUCUACUUGAAUUGGGUUUGAAUAUAUGAGCUAUGUUCAAAAAACAGUGGGUUCACUGUGAUCUUUAUCUUAACUGGAAUGGAACACUUCCAUAUGCAGGGAGGGAGAUUCGACUAGACUGAUAUUCAGUUGUGUACAUUACUUGUUAACUCUACUGUGUUGUAAUGUUUUACUCAGUGCGUACAUGACCUGCUCAUAUGCAUGAAGUUAAAUGUCUCACUUAAAAAGUUUAAAUUACUGUGUCAUUUUUAACCUUGCUGUUUAGCAGGACAAGAUGAAAUAAUUCAUCACUAACACUGUUAAAACAAGAAAAACAUGCACAAUGAAUAUAUAAAUCUGAUCAAGUUCUAUCUUAUUUCACUUGUGAGAUUGUAAAAUAUCAUCUAUCAGUAUAUCAAAUCCACAUUACAAUCACUGUUUAAUACAACACAUUGAAAACUGAUUAUAGUAAGUCAUGGAGACUUAGCUGACUGCAAAUACACAAUGACUAUAAAAUUUCCAUAAACAGUCUACCAUUGAGAUUUAAGUGGGACAGAAGCAUGCCAUGUAGUGAUAUUUUUAAAAAAAUAUAUUUUUCACAUCCAGUAACCUUUAUAAUUCACAAAACAAUGAAAUACUGGUAAGUACUGUUAGCUAUCAUCUGAACAAACAUGUUGAUAAAGAAUACUGUAUUACAAAAAAGUCUGCUGUGUAUGAUUAUACUACAGUGUUACUUAAAUGUCUAGGAAUUGAAGCCAUUCAUAAUACACUUUGUAGUGUAUAUGUAUAAAAAUGGCAUUUGAUCAAAGUAAUUUAAAUGGAUAUUUUUAUUAGUAUGUUAAUGUAAAUGGAAUUAUAAUGUCAUCACACUGAUUACUGAAAAGUGCAUACAUAUUCUGAUCUUCUUUGUCUUGCAUCUAAUUGUUUUACAGUUUUUUAAAUAAUUUGUUUUCAUUAUUUUAUUAAACUAGAAUUACCAAGAUCACCCAAAUCAAUGCAACUCAUAUCUAUUAGCCUCAAAGUAGCGGUAAAUGUGGCCAAACUACUGUCUACUGUUAGACACAUGUGUUAUUGAAAUUUAAUGUGCACAAUUUUUGUGCUUGGUCAUACUUGACAUUCUAAUGUUUCAUUACUACAUUCCACACUUGAAAAUCUAUUGUAAAAUAGUCCCUGUAAUUAGUCUAAAGAGCAUGUUUCCUUCCACAGUUUUGUAGCUGUAUUCUUUAUUUGGUGAAAAUAAAUAAAGUUGCAGCGGUGGUAA